AUGUCAACCAGCACAGCCUCGCCAGUACCACUCUGGAUCGGCAACCAACCAGUCUCGACGAUCAACACAUUCGACGUUGUCAGUGCGAUCAAUGAAAAGGUAUUGUACAAGUCAGCAUCUGCGGGCAUCGACGAGGCAACUGCAGCUGCCGUGAGCGCACAGAAAGCAUCCGCACAAUGGAGCAAGACCACUCCUGCAGAACGUCGCAAAAUCUUCAACACUGAAGAGGGAACUGGCCAAGACCAUCUUUUCUCAAUGAAGAUGGUGCUGGAAUCGGCCGAAUACAUGCGUGAAGUUGCCAGCCGCAUCUCUACUGCGGUAGAGGCAAGUUCACCUACGGUGCUCGGUCGAAAGCAGAGAGCUUUGGUCUUGAAAAAGCCUUAUGGAGUAAUUUUUGGCAUCGCUCCUUGGAAUAAUCCGUACCCUCUGGGUGGACGUGCUUUCUCGUUCGCCUUGGCGGCCGGAAAUUCAGUGGUCUUGAAAGGAUCUGAAAACAGCCCCAAGUCGGCCUUGAUCUGGGGCGAAUUGUUCAAGCUCGCUGGCCUGCCUCCCGGCUGUCUCAACAUCAUCUAUCACCGGCCUCAAGACGCGGGCGCUGUGACGGCACAUCUGGUUGCUCACCCAGCAAUCGGCAAGAUCAAUUUCACGGGAUCGACGUUGAUCGGUUCCACCGUUGCCAAGACAGCCGGAGAACACGCAAAACCUACCCUCAUGGAGCUUGGAGGAAAGGAACCGGCAAUUGUCCUGGCUGAUGCUGAUCUACACAAGGCCGCUGCAGCCUGUUUUGCGGGCGCCCUUAGCCAUGCCGGUCAGAUAUGCAUGAGCACGGAGAGGAUCCUUGUGCUACGAUCCGUUGCCCAUGGCUUCGUGAAAGCUCUUCAAGAAGUAAUCGAGAAAGACUUUAGCCAGCAACAAUUCGUCUAUAGCGUGCAAGGGGCCAAGAAGAUUCGUGGUCUGAUACGAGACGCCUUGAGGAAAGGAGCUCGACUGGCUUAUGGGGAUGAGCGGUCUCUGGAUGAUGAGACAUGCGCCAUGACUCCAUUGAUCACGGUUGACGUCCCGAAGAACGCUGAUCUGUACUACACCGAGUCUUUCGGGCCAUCUGCAAGCAUCUUCGUUGUGGACACCGAUGACGAAGCGGUUGAGUUGGCCAACGACACUGCUUUUGGUCUGUCUAGCUCGGUAUUCUCAGAGGACCUCAACCACGCCCUUACAAUCGCCAACCGCAUCGAAGCCGGGGCAACGCACAUCAACACCAUGACCAUCCACGACGAAGCAACGCUGCCGCAUGGAGGGGUGAAGGCGUCAGGCUUUAGAAGAUUUGGUGGAAACUACGGCUUCGAAGAGUUCCUGACCACCAAAACUAUUACCUGGACAGUUUAG